CUAAUUAUGUAAUGUAUUGAUUCUCUGUAGUUAAGUUUGAUUUCAUUUAAGUUUUUUUUUUUAAAGCGAGGCUCCUUGUGCGUAAUUACGCAGAAGAAAAGAUGGUAUCGGUGCUCAUUCAAAGGCAGAUUGACUUGUUUCAAGUGGCUUCAGAAAGGGGGGGUGGGGGUGGGGGGGGACAGAACCGGGGGCGACCCUAAAAAAAAGUUCUCUUCAGCGGGCUCCACCCGGCCCCUGCCCAUAAAUACCCCUCCCGUCCCGAGUGGAGUUCAGUCCGGAGGCAAAGACGAGCACAGACGAGGUUCGGAUUAUGAACGCCUUUGGACCCCCGAACCAGCAGAGCAGCCCCCUCCAGCACCACAGCGCCCAGGACCUCCUAGACAUGGCCGUCUACUGCGACAACUACGGCGUCUACCAGCACCAGAACUUCCAUCACCAUCCCCAGAGAGCCGCCAGCCACCCCUCCGGCUACGGGCUCGGCGACUACGCCACCCCGCCCACCAACCCCUACCUGUGGCUCAACGGCACCGGCAUCAACUCCUCCUCCUCGCCGUACCUCCCAGCGGGGGGCAGCGGCUCCACCUACCUGCAGUCCGGCUUCGGCUCCGGGCAGAGGCAGCUCCUGGGCGCCCCGGGAGGUCUGGGUGGCGCCGACCUGGGCUGGCUGUCCAUCUCCGGCCAGCAGGAGCUCUUCAAGAUGGUCCGGCCUCCGUACUCGUACUCGGCUCUGAUCGCCAUGGCCAUCCAGAGCGCCCAGGACAAGAAACUGACCCUGAGUCAGAUCUACCAGUACGUGGCCGAUAACUUCCCCUUCUACAAGAAGAGCAAAGCCGGCUGGCAGAACUCCAUACGCCACAAUCUCUCUCUCAACGACUGCUUCAAGAAGGUGGCCCGGGACGAGGACGACCCCGGAAAGGGGAACUACUGGACGCUGGACCCCAACUGCGAAAAGAUGUUCGACAACGGCAACUUUCGCCGGAAGCGAAAAAGACGAACCGACAUCACAGCGGGGGACAACCCGGACUCGGACGCCCAGCACAAGCUCUCAGACACGGCCAGCUUGCUCAGCUCCUCUCCGCCCAGCCUCCGCGGCUCUCCUACCUCCACGGAGCCCCGGUCGUCGCCGUCCGACUCGGCCGAGCACAGCCCGUGUUUUAACGGCUUUAUGUCCGGCGUCAACUCGCUGCUGGCGGCUAACGUGGGCGGAGCCGAGGCCUCGCGGGCUCCCGAGCGGGACUCGGGCUCGGGUCACCUCGGGGAGUUGUUCCAAGGCCGAGAGGCCGUGAGCGGACUGGGCUCCUACUCGCCCUCGGUGAUCUCUCCGCUCAACUGUGACAGCAGAAUGAACUAUUAUAACCUUUCCAACCAUUUUACUGUCAACAACCUGGUAUACAGCAGGGAAGGAACUGAGGUUUAAUGGGGAUGUUACACAAAAUAAUCAUAAUAAUUUAUCCAAUUUAGGGUAAACAGCUGUUUUUGUUUGCAUAUUUGCAUUGUAAAAAAUGAUUCAUUUCUGUAAGUCAUCACAACCUUGAAUUAUACUUUUGUAAACUUUUUGUAGCCAAAUGUACAGAGAUUAUUUUGUAUGUAUUUGUGUUUUAUUUAAACUGGUGUUGGAAUAAACGUCUUUUUUAUGAUUGGA